AUGAAGAGUUUGCAAGAUAAUUUACUCGAAGAUGAGAAAUUUGUGUGGUAUAUUCUGGCUCCAGGUACUGAGGAAAAAGAGGCAGAAGGACCAAUUAGCAUUAGAGAAAUCGAUGUGAAGUUUAGAACCAAGGAGAUACAUUCGAGUUACCUGGUUUGGAAAGAAGGUAUGCCUGAGUGGAAAAAGAUCUACUAAAUUGAGGAGAUCUAAAAAGUAUUGCUAGAAAGUACAAAUGAAGUACUUGAUAAUGUGGUUGAGGAGUAUGUAAAGAAAUUUGGCAAGAAAGAGAAAAAGGAUAAUAAUGAUAAGGAGGGGGAUUAGGAUGAGUAAUCUUUUGAGGAUGCAGAGAAUAAUCUUAAUAAAAAUGCCAAAGAGGCAGAUAAGAAUGAUGAUGAGGACGAUUCUGGUUUGUUCUAUUUCAGCAAAGAAGAGAAGCAGUUUAAGAUAUUUGAUCCUGUAACUAAGAAAUGGUCUGGCUAGCAGAUAAAGCCGUCUUAAGAAUAGAUUGCAAGAUUAAGAAUUGCCUCUGAGGAAAUCAAGAAGUAGGAGGACGAUUUUGCAUUAAAAAUUCAUCAUGAAAUAGCUGGGGAUUCAGAUGAAACUAUACAUCAAAAUUAGGUCAAGGACAUAGUAUCAAAGGCUGCUCAUAAUGCAUUGCAACGAAUAUCCAGUGAAGGAAAUGCAAACAACAUCGAAAUGCAGGAUUCACACUCAAAUUAGCCAUUAGAUGGAACUGGAGUAAAGACUAUGACUGCAGAGGAGUUGAAAGCCAAAGAACUUAAGAGACUGAAAAAGAAGAGAUACCUCGAGAAUAAAAAGAGGAAGUGGUAUUAGACCAAAGUCAACACAUUUAUUUACAUCUAAGGAUUGCCAUUGGAUAUAACGCACGAAGAUUUGAAGGAGUUCUUUGGUAGAUGUGGAGUGAUAAGAUUAGACCCCAAUACAGGCCAAGAAAUGAUCAAGAUCUACAAAGAUAGCGAUGGAAAUCCAAAGGGUGAUGCUCGUAUUGGAUUCGCUAUGGUUGAAUCACUAGACACUGCAAUCGCGAUGCUUAACGAUACUGAGUUCUUACCUGGCUUUAAGAUAACCGUGCAGCCAGCUGAAUUCCAAUAGAAAGGUGAGGAGUAUGUGCCAAGGAAGAAGCAGAAGAUUGACCCACUUGAAAAACUCAGAAUCAAGGCUGAACAGGAAAGGCAAUUGGCUUGGGAUGACGACAUGCACAUUCACGAGAUAGGACUAAGGAUAGUGAUUCUUGAGGGAAUGUUCACUAUGGAGGAGGUAGAGUAAAACUCUGACAGAACAGACGUGUUCUUUCAGGAGUUAGAAUAUGAAAUUCGAAGUGAGAUUGAGAAUUUUGGAGCCAUAGAUAAAAUGCAUUUCUUUAGAGAGCAUCCGAAUGGAGUGAUAAAGAUCAGAUUUAUGAGUUCCAUACAUGCUGAUGAGUGCAUUAAGGUAAUGAAUGGUAGGUUCUUUGAUGGCAGGCAACUUAAGUGCUAUUUCUGGGAUGGCAAGACUGACUACAGAGUGGUUAAAGAGUCAGUUGAAGAGCAAAAUAGGAGAAUUGAUGAUUUCGGUCAAUGGCUGGAAGAAUAAGAGUUGGCUGAGCAAGAAAUACAAAAUUAAAAUAAUAGUGACGGAGAGGAGAAUACCGUGGCUACUUAGGCUUAAAGUGUAGUGGAUUGA